CGACCGUAUUUCGCCAUCCAUCCCUAUUUUGCCAUCCCCAAUAUGACUUUUAUGCUACCAACCCUCCUCGGCUCCAUCAAAAUGUCACGGCUCCAUGGCUCCAAGCUCCAGCUCCAGCUCCGACUCCCCAGCCCUGCUAAAAACAAACCAGAGGCAUCUACCAUGACCCUGAAGAGUGCAUGAAUGAUUCCAUAAAUACUGUAAUUACUGAUAUCUGGAUGAUAUAGGCUGGCUACAGACAUUUGUCAAUCAUGCUGUUAGAUGUUCUAUAUUACUGUAUGCCUGCAUUCCGCAUUCUAGAUUUAUUACUGAGCCUUGUUUUUGUUGUUGCGUCUUUAUUUUCCCCCUAUUUGAUAUGAAAAAAUUGUGCUUUCAUGUCAUCAAAAUAGUUAGGUCUUCAGGAUGCAUAUAGUUAAAAAGCUAGUUUUCUUUAUUUUAAUUAUUUCAAUCAAUCAUCAUGAACGAGCAGCCGGGGCUCAGUUUGAAACAAAAAAUGGACAUAGUAACAUUGUGGUGAUUGUAUGUGACUCUAUGGAUGGCAGAUUAGUCACUGGUGGACGGUAUGAAGGUGUUGUCAAAUUGCCUAAUAUUAGAGCACUCUCAAAAAGCGGUGUCACAUAUCUCAAUGCUUACUCAAACAACCCUAUAUGUGCCCCAUCACGUUCUGCACUUUGGAGUGGGCUACAUACCCAUAUUACUGAUUCUUGGAAUAAUUAUAAAGCAUUACCUGAUGACUUCAACAUGACAUGGGCUGAUGUAUUAUCAAGACAAGCUGGAUAUGACGUUAAAAUACUUGGUAAGACAGAUUUCAAAUCUGGUGCACACACUGUAAGCAACCGAGUUGAAGCUUGGACACGAAACGUGAAAUUUGCUUUGAGGCAAGAAGCAAGACCAACUGUGGAAUUGACAGGGAAUAAAUCAACAAUAAAAGUCAAUGUCAAGGAUUGGAAAAAUGUGGAAAAUGCCGUGGAAUUUUUACAAAAUAAAAGUUUAGAAGGCAGCCAUAACACGUUUCUAUUAUAUGUAGGAUUGAAUAUGCCCCAUCCUUAUAGUACUGAAUCAAGUGGGGAAAACCCAGGGGCCUCUACUUUUAAAACUUCGCCCUACUGGCUUGACAAAGUAUCGACUGGGGAUAUCCAUAUUCCACAAUGGUUACCUCUGAACCAAAUGCAUCCAGUUGAUAUUUACUCUACAAUUGUUAAAAAUUGCUCAUCUCAGUUUUCACAACAAGAACUUAUUGACAUCAAAUCCUAUUUUUAUGCAAUGUGUGCUGAAACUGAUGCGAUGGUUGGAGAGAUAUUUGAUGCUAUAAAUAAAUAUGGAUUUACAGAAUCAACUUAUGUAGUCUUUACGUCUGAUCAUGGAGAGCUAGCUAUGGAACAUAGACAAUUCUACAAAAUGUCUAUGUAUGAAGGCAGCUCUCAUGUACCUUUGGUAAUAGCUUUUCCAAAAAAUACUGAGAGAAAAAAUACAAAGAAUGAAUACAAGGUUCAAUUUAUUAACACACCAGUUUCUCUUGUUGAUAUUUAUCCAACAUUUAUGGAUAUAGCUAAUUUACACAAACCCAUUUAUCUCAAUGGUUCUUCAUUACUUCCAGAAAUGAUACACGAGCAUCCUGAUUGGAUUUUGAGUCAAUAUCAUGGAUGUAAUGUGAAUGCAUCUUCAUAUAUGCUUAGAAAAGGACCAUGGAAAUAUAUUGCUUAUGAUUAUGGCCCAGAAUACAUUGAUUCCAUGUUAUUCAAUCUUGAGGAUGAUCCAGAUGAAUUGAAUGAUCUUGGAAAGACUGAUCAUGAGCUACUUAAACAAUUUGAUGAGUUUUUGCGGAAGCAGAUUGAUUACAAUGCGGUCACCAACAGAGUGAAAUUGUAUAAUAAGCGAAGUUUUUCUAACUGGCGGAAGUCCCUUGGAAGUAAAUAUGCAGAUACUAUAUCAAAUUUAAGAUGGUGGAUGGAUUGGAAAAAAGAUCCAGAACAGAAUCAGGCUGCUAUUGAUAAAUGGUUGUUUGAACUAUAGUGUGCCUCAUUGAAUAUUUUUUAAUGAUUAUCACAAUUUCAAGUUAUUCUGGUAUCUCGCCCAACUAACAUCAUACCAUGUAUUCUAAUAUGUUUAAAUAAAGGCUCAAAGGCAAAUUCGUCAAAUAUAGUGCCAUAAAUCAAAGCAUAUUAUGUAUUAAAUAGUGUUUUAUACGAUGUAGCCUACUGCUUUGAAUUUUGGUGAUGCUAUUAGGUUUUUCGAUGUUAUAUAAAACAGGGGUGUCAAACUUGCGGCCCGCGGGCCGCAUGUGGCCCCAGAGAGCUUCCAAUGCGGCCCUCGAACGCUUAACAAUAAUUGUAGUAUUUUGUACGUUUUUUUUAUUAUCUAAAUGUAAUACAU